UUCAAGGACGAGAUGCUCUCGGACGGAAGCAAAGGGGGCCCACUUGCAGCAAGACUACUCCGUGAGGCCGUUAAGGAGUACCUGCUACGGUACUUACCCGACAUAAGCAAUUGCCGUAUCAUGGUCCAAACCUUUGCAAACCUCAAGCAACUGUCCAUGGAUGCUGCUGAGAGAGGCUUGCUGGACAACUUGUCCCCGUCCCUAGGAACAUUCACAUCGAGUUUUUCCAGUCGGGUUGAUUGUGACUUCACUGUUGUCCAAGUCAAGUCGGUCAUGCAGCGCAAGAUCCUAAACAUGUGUCGCAUUCGAUCACUGGAAAGUAACGCCUACUUAUCAUUACUCGCAGAGCGUCUUAAGGAGUGCGUUAAAGACCCCAGCUGCGCACAGGUAUUCCUCGCGGCUGCGAGAUGCACGUCUGUCCACGGAAUCCCUCGAGGAUGUCGUUGAAUACGACGGACAGGUUACCCUUAUCCGAAUGAUUCAAGGUCAACAGAAUUUGGCACUCCCCAGUGCAUCGUUUCCUAAAAGGUUGCGGAACUCCGAAUUCGGUCGUGGAGCAUCUACACAAGGAUUCAGUCGCGUGAAAGGGAAUAUGAAUGAAACCGGCCGAAUCGACAAUAACACCAUGCUUCGAAAGAAGCUCGGCGCGGACCUAGUGAAAGCAGUGCACCUCCCGACUUGCAGUCUUGCUGGUCUCAUCCCUGUCAACUUCAGUGACGGACGACUCGAUAUCUAUGCGCGCCAGCCCACUCAACAGGAGUGGAUUGCAUAC